UAUCUGUCUCUUUCCUUCUAAAGUUCCCUUUGUGACAUUUUUGUGGAACGACCAUUCUUUUUCCUCGUGAAAAUUAUCCAAAAAAUCACAUUAGGGCAUGGUCGGUAAAGUUUUUCGCACGAAAAACCGUGAAAUAAAGUCUGUAAUUGUGGUUAAGUUUUUUUGUGCCAAGUGCAACUAAACAAUCAAGAUUCCGCCGAUAAUUCAAAGCCUACCCAGUGGGUGGCUUAACUUGGUCUCAUAAACAGAGCAAUGGAAAGAAGGGACACAUUUUUCUUGCCCGGAAAGAAUAAAAAGCAAGAAAAGAAUACAAAACAAGAAUAUAAAAAGAAAAGACAUGAAGAGUUCAAUAAAAAUCGAUUCAAUAAAGAAAAGCAAAAGGAAGAUAAGAAACCAUUUGACAAAAAGAAUUAUAGAUUAAAAAAAUAUAGUAAAAAAUAUAAGUUAGACCAAUGGGAAGAACAAAGGAAGAAAAAAUUGUUGAGGAAUUACUAUAAGGAUGUAAAAAAUGAUGAAGUGAAUGGUUCAUACAAACCUAUAAGUUUUGAUGAUGAUAAUGAUGCAGUUGAUUCUAACCAAAAUGUAGGCAAAUAUGUAAGGCAUCCAGAUGUGUUAGAAAAAGAAAAAGAAGUGCCAAUAAAAAAGAAGGACCCAUUUCAAAAGGCGAAAGAGCAGUAUAAUAAAAUAAAACAAGAGAAAUUACAAAAGAAACAAGAAGUAGAGAAAGCUAAAGAGGAAAGGAACCAAAAGAGUCUUGAGUAUAAAAAGAAGAAGCAAGAUAAAUUUAAGAAGUUGAGUAAAAAGAAUAAGAAAGGACAGCCUGUUAUGUCAGGGAGAUUGGAAUUGCUCUUGGACAAGAUACAGAAGUCUAAAUAAAUUUUAAAAUGCAGUUUUUCUUCCCUAUUCUUAAUGCUUGCAAAGAAAGAGAAUUUCUUACAGUAUAUAGGUUAGAUGUUGUGUAUCACAGAAGAGGUUUCAAUAAUCUAUUAAAUAUGUAUUACCUAAAAACCUAGAAUGGCAAUGCUUGAGUGGUGACAGUUGUCACAUGCUAAUGUGAUGUCUGUAGUUCUGUUCACAUUUAUAGUUGACGGUUACUGCUUACCAGCAGGUUGGCCGUCAGCUUGUUAUCUACUCCAAUUACAUAAAAAUAAAUCAUUAAUUAAGAUAGAUUUCUCUUUUAAAUAUUAACUAAAUUGCUCAGUAUAAGUUUAUUCUAAUUUUUAAGGUUUGUUUCCAAAUUGCUGGUAAACUGUUUAAAAGAUAGUGUGUUUGGUAUUUAUGUAUGUAAUUGUCUUAGUUUAAUUUUAAUGAAUAAUGUUCAAAAUUUUAACUUUCUUAGAAAGUUCACAUUGUAGAAAAGAGGAUUCAAAUCUUUAAAUCGUGUGAUGCCCCAAUUGCAAUAAGCUAAUGAUGAUCAUAGCUAACUGUCAUUAGGCUAUGGUGAUUUACUAAGUUCAUAUUGCAAAUUGUAUGCUUUGUUUUAAAUUACCUAUACCUUUGUACCAAGUACAUAAUUUUUAAUUUAAUUUGUUGUUUUAAGUAAUAAUGAGAAAGACUUUUGGGACUCAGAUUCAAACCUUUGAAUCAUGCAUUACCCCUAAUGCAGUUAAGUUGUUCUAAUGGAGCUGUCAUUGCUUUUAUAUUUAUUUGGCCAUGGUAAUUUUUAAGUAAAUGUUGCAAAAUGAAUGCUUUGUUUUUAAUUACUUACAUCCUUGUACCAAGUACAUAAGGAUUAAUUUAAUUUGACAUUUUUAAGUAAAAAGAGUCAGGCUUUUGGGACUAGGAUUCAAAGCUGGAAUCAUGCUAUAUCCCAACAGCAGUUAUGUCGCAUAAUGGAGCUGUCAUUGCUUUUACAUUCUUUUGGCCAUGGUAAUUUACUAAGUAAAUAUGUUUUAAAUUACCAAAUCAGAGUGACCAUAAGUAUUAGUUCAUUACUUAAAUACAUUUACAUUGUUAUAGCUAAUGCAAGAUCCUUUUGAGUAAUAUGCACACAUUGUCAGUUGCUCUCAAUAUUAUACUGAACUUGGUUUAUGUAUGACUUUUUUUGUGUUCCAAGAAUUAGUGAAUAAAUAUUUUUUUU